GUCAUUUAUUUUCAAAAUUCCAAUCCAUCCAUCCAAUCCACCUCCUUUUCAUCAAUGAAAGCAGCAAACAAAAUAAAUAAAUAAAGCACAAUAACGUAAAUAUAUUUUUUAAAAUAGAAACUUUACAAAUAAAAAUAUGACGAAAUUAAUCAAUAAAGAUGCGGAACGCAUGAACCCUUGUUUGAAGGAACAAGAACAAUCGUAUCGUUGUUUAGAUAAAAAUGGGUUCGAUCAGGAAAAGUGUCAAGAACAUUUUGAUAACUAUAAUACAUGCAAAAAAUUUUGGGGCAGUGUAUACCAAGAUAGAAGGGCGAAAAAAAUUUAUCCCUAUUUACCAGAUGUCGAAGACAGAGAGAAGAUAAAAACAGAUUACUUUGGUAAAAUAAGAGGAAAUUGAAAUACAUAAAAUCGGUAACUGAUUUCUGAGUAGCAAUUGCACUCAAAAUAUAUAUAAAAAAAAAAUAUUUAAUAUUAGAACAUACAUUAUUCUUAUUAUUAAAUAAUAUAUAAGUAG